AUGGACAAUCACACCAGAGUAACAGAGUUCAUCCUCUUAGGGCUCUCCAGGAAUCCAAAACUGCAGAUGGUACUGUUUGUAGUAUUCCUGUUGGUAUAUCUGAUAACCCUGUUUGGAAAUGUGGCUAUAAUUACCGCCAUACAAGUCAACCCUCAUCUUCACACACCCAUGUAUCUCUUCCUUUCCAUUUUAGCUUUCCUUGAUGUCGCUUUUUCUUCUGCCACAGUUCCUAAGAUGUUAGAGAUCUUCCUUAGAGAGAGAAAAUCUAUUUCACUGCCACAAUGUUUCACUCAGGUCAUGUUCAUAAUGACUCUUUCUGUUGGAGAGGGCCUCCUUCUCUCUGUCAUGGCAUACGAUCGGUACACAGCCAUCUGUCACCCCUUGCGUUAUCUUGUGAUAAUGAACAGACAAAUCUGCUCUACACUUGUGUGUGCAGCAUUGCUCACUGGCUUUCUGACUGGACUGGUAAAUACCCUUCUGCUGACCACUUUAGACUUCUGUGGACCCAAUGUAAUCCAUCACUUCAGUUGUGAGGCUCCACAACUAUUCAAGCUUUCCUGUAGCAGCACCUUCAGAAACCAGAUGGUGAUCUUCAUUAAUGGUUCCCUAUUGGGUGUGGGGUCUCUACUAAUUACAUUGGCUUCCUAUGUCCACAUCAUCUCUGCUGUCCUAAGAAUCCGAUCCACUGAUGGAAAGAGUAAAGUUUUUUCCACUUGCUCAUCGCACCUGACUGUGGUCGUGCUGUACUAUGGAACUAUUUUCUUUAGGUAUCUGAAGCCCACCUCCAAGGAUCCUCAAGAAAUGGAAAUAGCCCUGUCCAUCAUUUACUGUAUUGUGACUCCCAUGUUCAACCCCAUCAUUUACAGCCUCCGUAACCAAGAAGUGAAAACAGCCUUGCGUAAUAUAUUAUCCAGAAAAUUGAAAAGUGAAACUGUGUGA